GCUGCUGCAGCUCCUUCUCCGUCCGGCCCCUCUGCAAUGGAGAGAGGGCAAAUGGUGACUGUUUACCUUCUGGGCCUGUGCUGCAGCAUUUGCUCGGUCGCGGCCAUCCCCAGGGCCCAAAUGUUCCCUUAUGGCAUGUUAAGUGGAGAUUCACUUUUGGAAGAAGGAGACGAUGAAACCUCCAAAGUCAUCUCUCUGCCUAAACCCUUCUACUUCUACGACACCCCCUUCUAUCAGCUUUAUGUGGCCACCAACGGGUUCAUAUCAGCUCAGGAUUUGCCGAUGGAGACGCAGUACGUGGACGACGGCUUCCCCACGGACUUCCCGGUGGUGGCGCCGUUUCUGGCUGACAUGGACACCAGCGGAGGACGAGGACAGAUUUUCUACAGGGUGACCGAGACGCCCAGCGUGCUCAACAGAGUGGCCCAGGAAGUGCACCGGGGUUUCCCAGACGCCAAAUUCACACCCACCCACGCCGUAGUGGCAACAUGGGAGAAUGUGGCGGCAUAUGAGGAGCCCGCUGGAAGCAGCGGGGGGACCUCCAACAAGGUCAACACCUUCCAGGCAGUGAUUGGUUACGACGAAAGCGACUCGUACGCGCUCUUCCUCUACCCCGAGGGUGGCCUGAACUUCUUUGGGACGAGGCCCAAGGAGUCCUUUAAAGUGGCGAUAGAGCUGGCCGCCCGAGUCGGAUUCAGCAGAGGAGAAGUCACCUAUCUCUAUUUUUCCCGAACCGAGGGACCUUACUACAGCGUGACCAGCGAUGAACAGAGUAUCAAACGUCUCACCCAGGUUGGGAACACUGGAAUUCCAGGCCUUUGGCUUUUCCACACUGGGAACCGCUAUUCUUUUGACAACAUUGUCCCUGCAUCGAUUGGUGGCAUCCUUGCUACCCCUCUCCCAAGAGAACCUGACCACACGCUGGGUGCCACUACCCCCGAGUACAAUGACUUUGAAGAUUAUGAAGACAACAGCAACUUUGAGCCCGCUCAUCAAGAGGAGGACGAUGAUUUCCCCCUGACAGGUGAAGAUCUGGAAUUCCGCCCAGCGGUCGCCGAUGAAACUCUCCAGUCGCGAAGCUCUGACCUCCCUUUGUCAGCGUCUGAGGUGUCGCAUGGCGGUGAAGAUUUACCUUUGACCUCUGAACCCAGGCACGGUUCAGAGGUAGCGGAGCGGCAGUAUGUGCCGCCGCCGCUGCCGCCUCCUCAAGAGGCCAUCCCAGAUGGAGGCGCUCAGUGGUCCCAAGAGCAGCGGCCACAGAUUCCCGUGGAGGUGGGACAUUUGUAUCCCCCUCACAGAAAUGAACCACCCUUGUCCUCUGGAGGUCACGUGGUCAGUGUAGAGGAAGAUGUUGACUUUGACACAGGAGUGAUUCACUACACCACUGAGAAUAAGGAAACAUGUGCGAGGUUCCAGCAGCAAUGCUCCCAGAAUGCCUUUUGCUCUGAUUACGCGACGGGUUUCUGCUGUCACUGUCAACCCGGCUUUUACGGAAAUGGCCGCCACUGCUUGCCGGAAGCGGCCCCCCAGCGCGUCAGUGGCAAGCUGAGUGGGACAGUAACCGUGGGUUUAACUCCCGUGGAGCUGAACAACAUCGACCUGCAUGCUUACAUCGUGGUUGGAGAUGGGAGGGCUUACACCGCCGUCAGUGAGAUCCCUGAGCCAGUGGGUUGGGCCUUGAUGCCGGCCGCGCCAAUUGGAGAGCUGUUUGGAUGGCUUUUUGCGCUGGAGCUGCCCAACAGCCAAGCAGGAUUCAAAACAACAGGGGCUGAGUUCACUCGACACGCCGAACUUGUCUUUUAUCCUGGCAACCAGCGGCUGCUAAUCAGUCAGACAGGGCGAGGCCUCGAUGAGAACAACCAUUUCACUGUGGACACUGCGCUCAGCGGCAGUGUACCUUUUCUCCCUCCUGCUGCUGAAGUAACGAUGGAUCCUUUUAAGGAGACGUAUCAUUACUACCCUUCAGUUGCCACCUCCAACUCCGUGAGGGAGUUUACCGUGGUCUCGCCGGAUGGAGGAUCCGAGUCCUUCUCGUUCCAGCUAAAACAGAACAUCACCUACCGUGACUGUCGACACGACAGCCGGGUUCCGCCUCUCGAGACCCAGCAGAUCACCAUGGAGAGAGUGUUUGUGAUGUACGUGAAGGAGGAGCGGAUACUGAGAUACGCCAUCACCAACAAGAUCAGCCCAGUCGGAGGAGCAGAGUUGGUUAACCCCUGCUAUGAUGGAAGCCAUGACUGCGACACGACUGCCCAGUGCACCCCUCUGGAGGACAAGGCUUUCCAGUGCCGAUGUGGAACUGGUUACAGCGGGGAUGGACACAACUGUCAAGAUAUCGAUGAGUGUGCAGAGGGCUUGGCUACGUGUGGGGCUCAUUCCCAGUGCGUCAACUUACCUGGUAGCCAUCGCUGCCGCUGUCAGGCCGGCUAUGAAUUUGGCUUUGACGGACGUACAUGUGUGGACAUGGAUGAAUGCAGGUCCUCUCCAUGCCACGUCGAUGCGAGAUGCACCAACAGCCUAGGCUCCUUCCAGUGCCAGUGUCAGAAUGGCUUUUAUGGAGAUGGUUUCCUUUGCUCCCAACAAGGACAGACAGGCCGUACGAAAAGCCAGUGUGAGGAGCACAGAGACAGACUACAAGAUGGACUGGAGCAGCUGCCCGUUGGGGUUUUUGUCCCACAAUGUGACUCUGAUGGACGAUACAGACCACUGCAGUGCCAUGGCUCCACCGGUCAUUGUUGGUGUGUGGAUAGUAGGGGGCAAGAGAGAGCAGGAACCAGGACGACUCCUGGUAUGGCGCCAACAGAUUGUGACAGACAUGAGCAACCACAACAACCUAAAACGCAAUGUGAGCAUCACAGAGACAACGUACAGACCACCAGCCCAGAGGGUUAUCCUAUAGUGGGAGCCUUUGUGCCGCAGUGCGACGCUAACGGACGGUACACCCCUCAACAGUGCCAUGGUUCUACUGGACAUUGUUGGUGUGUGGACAGCCAAGGACAGGAAAGACCUGGUACCAGAACUCCACCUGGUACAACUCCCAUCGAUUGUGAGAGACCCGAUGACCGUCCGAAAACCCACUGUGAGCAGCACAGAGACAGCGUCCAAGCUACCAGUCCACUCGUAGGGGCAUUUGUACCUCAGUGUGAUGCGAAUGGACAAUACACGCCAUUGCAGUGUCACGGCUCUACUGGGCAUUGUUGGUGUGUGGACAGCCAGGGACAAGAAAGACCCAGAACCAGAACAAGUCCCGGUGUACCACCCACAGACUGUGAUAAACCAGAUGAACCGGAUCAUACAAAAACCCACUGUGAGCGUCACAGAGAUAGCGUGCAGACCACCAGUCCGGAGGGUUUUCCUCUCGUGGGGGCCUUUGUGCCUCAGUGUGAUGCAAAUGGACAAUACACUCCACAACAGUGUCACGGCUCAACUGGACAUUGUUGGUGUGUGGACAACCGAGGACAAGAAAGACCUGGUACUAGAACUUCUGCUGGGUCAACACCCGUUGACUGUGACAAACCAGAGCAACCUAAAACCCAAUGUGAGCAGCACAGAGACGGCGUCCAGACUAUCAGUCCAGAGGGUUAUCCCGUGGCGGGAGCCUUUGUACCGCAAUGUGAUUCCAAUGGACAUUACACACCACUACAGUGCCACGGCUCUACUGGACAUUGUUGGUGUGUGGACAGUCAAGGACAGGAAAGACUGGGAACCAGAACCCUACCUGGUACAACACCCACUAACUGUGACAAGCCAGAAGACCCGGAACGUCUUAAAACUCAUUGUGAGCAGCACAGAGACAGCGUUCAGACCACCAGUCCAGAAGGCUUUCCCAUUUUGGGAGCUUUUGUACCUCAGUGUGAUGCAAAUGGACAGUACACUCCACAGCAGUGUCAUGGUUCUAGUGGACAUUGUUGGUGUGUGGACAACAAAGGACAAGAAAGACCUGGUACUCGAACACCUCCUGGUGCAACACCCGUUGACUGUGCCAAACCAGAGCGUCCGAAAAGCCACUGUGAGUUGCACAGAGACAGUAUACAAACCGAGGGUCCAGAGGGUUAUCCACCGGUGGGAGCCUUUGUACCUCAGUGUGAUGCCAACGGACAUUACACUCCUCGGCAGUGUCACGGUUCUAGUGGACAUUGUUGGUGCGUGGAUGGCCAAGGACAAGAAAGGUCUGGAACGAGAACGCCUGCUGGUGCGACACCCUUUGACUGUGAAAAAGCAGAGCGUCCAAGAAGCCACUGCGAGUUGCACAGAGACAGGAUACACACAACCAGUCCAGAGGGUCAUCCACUGGCAGGAGCCUAUGUACCCCAGUGUGACGCUAACGGACAGUACAUUCCUCAACAGUGUCACGGUUCUACUGGCCAUUGUUGGUGUGUGGACAGCCAAGGACAAGAAAGACCUGGUACUAGAACUCCUCCUGGCGCAACACCCUUUGACUGCGACAAACCAGAGCGUCCAAGAAGCCACUGUGAGUUGCACAGAGACAGUAUUCAGACAACCAGUCCAGCGGGUCAUCAACUAGCGGGAGCUUAUGUGCCCCAGUGUGACGCUAACGGACAGUACAUUCCCCAACAGUGUCAUGGAUCAACUGGGCAUUGUUGGUGUGUAGACAGCCAUGGACAAGAAAGACCUGGUACUAGAACUCAUGCCGGUGCAACACCCUUUGACUGUGACAAACCAGAACGUCCUAAAAGCCACUGUGAGCACCUCAGGGACAGUAUUCAGACAACUAGUCCAGAGGGUCAUCAACUAGCGGGAGCCUAUGUACCCCAGUGUGAUGCUAACGGACACUACACUCCUCAACAGUGUCACGGUUCUACUGGCCAUUGUUGGUGUGUGGACAGCCAAGGACAAGAAAGACCUGGUACUAGAACUCCUCCUGGCGCAACACCCUUUGACUGCGACAAACCAGAGCGUCCAAGAAGCCACUGUGAGUUGCACAGAGACAGUAUUCAGACAACCAGUCCAGCGGGUCAUCAACUAGCGGGAGCUUAUGUGCCCCAGUGUGACGCUAACGGACAGUACAUUCCCCAACAGUGUCAUGGAUCAACUGGGCAUUGUUGGUGUGUAGACAGCCAUGGACAAGAAAGACCUGGUACUAGAACUCAUGCCGGUGCAACACCCUUUGACUGUGACAAACCAGAACGUCCUAAAAGCCACUGUGAGCACCUCAGGGACAGUAUUCAGACAACUAGUCCAGAGGGUCAUCAACUAGCGGGAGCCUAUGUACCCCAGUGUGAUGCUAACGGACACUACACUCCUCAACAGUGUCACGGUUCUACUGGCCAUUGUUGGUGUGUGGACAGCCAAGGACAAGAAAGACCUGGUACUAGAACUCCUCCUGGCGCAACACCCUUUGACUGCGACAAACCAGAGCGUCCAAGAAGCCACUGUGAGUUGCACAGAGACAGUAUUCAGACAACCAGUCCAGCGGGUCAUCAACUAGCGGGAGCUUAUGUGCCCCAGUGUGACGCUAACGGACAGUACAUUCCCCAACAGUGUCAUGGAUCAACUGGGCAUUGUUGGUGUGUAGACAGCCAUGGACAAGAAAGACCUGGUACUAGAACUCAUGCCGGUGCAACACCCUUUGACUGUGACAAACCAGAACGUCCUAAAAGCCACUGUGAGCACCUCAGGGACAGUAUUCAGACAACUAGUCCAGAGGGUCAUCAACUAGCGGGAGCCUAUGUACCCCAGUGUGAUGCUAACGGACACUACACUCCUCAACAGUGUCACAGCUCAACUGGGCAUUGUUGGUGUGUGGACACCCGAGGACAAGAAAGACCCGGGACUAGAACUCCUCCUGGUGCAACACCCAUAAACUGUGACAAACCAGGUGCCAACGUCUUAACAUUCCCGAACUGUACUAAAAGCCACUGUGAGCGCCACAGGGACAGAGUUCAGACCACCAGUCCAGAUGGUCAUCCACUCGUAGGAGUCUAUGUACCUCACUGUGAUGCUAACGGACAGUACACUCCUCAGCAGUGUCAUGGUUCUAGUGGCCAUUGUUGGUGUGUGGACAGCCAAGGACAAGAAAGACCUGGUACUAGAACUCCACCUGGCGCAACACCCUUUGACUGCGACCAACAAGAACGUCCUAAAAGCCACUGUGAGCACCAGAGGGACAAUAUUCUGACAACCAGUCCAGAGGGUCAACCACUAGCAGGAGCCUAUGUACCCCAGUGUGAUGCUAAUGGAAAUUACACUCCUCAACAGUGUCACGGCUCUAGUGGCCAUUGUUGGUGUGUGGACAGCCAAGGACAGGAAAGAUCCGGUACUAGAACUCCACCUGGCGCAACACCUUUUGACUGUGAAAAACCAGAACGCCCUAAAAGUCACUGUGAGCAACACAGAGAAAGCAUUCAGACAACCAGUCCAGAGGGUCAUCAACUCGCGGGAGCCUAUGUACCCCAGUGUGAUAAUAAUGGACACUACACUCCUCGACAAUGUCACGGUUCUAGUGGCCAUUGUUGGUGUGUGGACAGCCAAGGACAAGAAAGAUCCGGUACUAGAACUCCUCCUGGCGCAACACCCAUCGACUGCAACCAACCAGAACGUCCUAAAAGUCACUGUGAGCAGCACAGAGAAAGUAUUCAGACUACAAGUCCAGGGGGUCAUCAACUCACGGGAGCCUAUGUACCCCAGUGUGAUGCGAACGGACACUACACUCCUCAACAGUGUCACGGUUCUACUGGCCAUUGUUGGUGUGUGGACAGCCAAGGACAAGAAAGACCUGGUACCAGAACUCGUCCUGGUACAACACCCAUCGACUGUGACAAACCAGAACCUCCUAAAAGCCACUGUGAGCAGCAUAGAGACAGUGUACAGACCACCAGUCCAGAUGGCUAUCCCAUAUUGGGAGCCUUUAUACCUCAAUGUGAUGCGAAUGGACAAUACACGCCUCAACAGUGUCACGGUUCGAGUGGACAUUGUUGGUGUGUGGACAACCAAGGGCAGGAACGACCUGGAACCAGAACUCCACCUGGUGCAACGCCCUUUAACUGUGACAACCAAGAACGCCCUCAAACUCAUUGUGAGCAACACAGAGAUCGUGCGCAGGCUCCCGGUCCAGAUGGCAAUCCCAUACUGGGAGCCUUCAUACCUCAUUGUGAUACUAAAGGACGGUACACAUCUCAACAGUGUCACGGCUCGACUGGGCAUUGCUGGUGUGUGGACAGCCACGGACAGGAAAGACCCGGAACCAGAACUCCACCUGGUACAACUCCCAUCGACUGUGAGAGAGCGAACCAACGUCCUAAAACUCAAUGUGAACACCACAGAGCGAGUAUACAGACAACCAGUCCGGAGGGUUAUCCACUGGUGGGAGCCUUUGUGCCGCAGUGUGAUGCUCACGGACAGUACGCAACACAACAGUGCCACGGUUCCAUCGGACAAUGUUGGUGUGUGGACAGCAACGGUCAAGAGAGAGCAGGAACGAGAACUCCGCCUGGUGUUCCUCCCGUAGACUGUGACGCUCCUGUCUACGUGGCUCCCACCGAGCGUCCCGAGAGCGUGUGCGAGCGCUGGAGAAGCAGUCUGAUGGAGCAUUACGGUGGGAAGCCAGAGCCGCAGCAGUACUUGCCCCAGUGUGAGCCCGAUGGGCAGUUCAGUCCAAUCCAGUGCUAUGGGGAGACCACCUACUGCUGGUGUGUGGAUCAGGAUGGGCGAGAGGUUCCCGGCACCAGGUCAAAUGAUGUCGUCAAGCCUGCAUGCCUUCCAUCGGUGGCCCCGCCCACCGUGCGCCCAUUACCUCGCCCGGAUGUGACACCUCCCUCUCACUCUGAUGUCACACUACUUUAUGCACAGGGACAGAAAAUCGGAGCACUUCCUCUCAACGGGUCCAGACUAGACGCUAGCCGGUCCAGAACACUACUGACUCUACAUGGAUCCAUCGUUGUGGGUCUGUCAUAUGACUGCAAGCAGAACCAAGUGUAUUGGACAGAUUUGUCUGCGCGUACCAUUAAUAGAGCAUCAAUGGUGCCAGGAGCUGAGCCAGAGAUUCUCAUUAACUCAAAUCUGGUCAGUCCAGAAGGUUUGGCUGUGGAUGUCAAUCGAAGGCUGAUGUUCUGGGUGGACUCCAACCCCGACCUGAUCGAAAGAUCCAACUUGGACGGGAGCGAUCGAAGGACGCUUUUUGACAGAGAUUUGGUCAAUCCCCGGGCCAUCAUCGUGGUCUCAUCCACAGGUUCUUUGUACUGGACCGACUGGAAUCGAGAAGCUCCCAAGAUUGAAAGCGCGUCGGUGGAUGGUCAGAACCGCCGGGUGGUGGUUUCCGAGGGGAUCGGUUUGCCCAACGCUUUGACGUACGAUUAUUCUUCCGGCCACAUCUGCUGGGCCGAUGCGGGCACUAAGCGCUUAGAGUGUGUAUUCCCAGACGGUUCAAGGCGAAGGGUAAUAAACCCCAGCCUCAAUUACCCAUUUAGCAUGGUUUACCACAGAAACCACUUCUACUACACGGACUGGAGGAGGGACGGUGUGAUCACAGUCAGCAAAGACAGUGGUAAGCUCACCGACGAAUAUUUGCCGGACCAGAGGUCUCACCUCUAUGGCAUCGCCAUAGCAACAUCCCACUGUCUAUCAGGGAACCAUUAACAGCAGAACGACAGUCACACGGUCCUUUGGUGCUAAAGUUCUGGGGCCGAUUUUUUUUGAGCCGGGGGAUGUGACGAGCCCUCCCGGUGUCCCUCGGAGGAAAAGGAGGCUCCCGAAGGGACGUGGCUUCCUGUGGAUCAGCUCUCACCCCCCCUUCCAACCCCCCACUGCCAAGAUAUAACCACACAUUAAUAAUUUUGUACAUUUCUUUUGUACCUUUUUUUUUCUACUGAUUUUUUUAUAUGCAAGUUUGUUUUUGGAGCCACCAAAGCCAAAAAGUAAUAUCACAUUUUAAAAAAAAAUUUCAAGUGUGUUUUAAGCAGUAAAGAGCUGUAAAAUCUUUGCACCCAACUCGGAGUUUAAUCGUGGGCCACGUUAGCAGUUGACGAGCUCAAUUUCGCCGAGCAUGAAGACCGGAAACUUGGAAAGGAUCAUCCGAAGUGAGGAAUGUAAAUCAGAUUACAAUCAUGAAGGCUUUCCCUCCACUGUGUGUCAGAAUUUCAGCAGCUCCACGUAUGUCAUUAUUUCCCUGCACCACUAAUAGUCCCCCGCCUCCUGAUUAGAUUUGUUUUCCCCCCCGCCGCUUUAUAAAAUGUGAUAUUUAUAACAUUAAAAAGUGUUCUGGUA